AUGCAAACCAAAUUUAGCACAGAGAGACUACUCUGGUUAUCUGUUCUGAUCAACGUUGUACUUGUAUGUGGUGCUUAUUUGCUAAGUGAGCAUGGAUUUUCAAGGAAUAAACUGGGCUCUUUAGCUCCACAUUGGAGAGAUAGUAAGAACGGUGAUAAGGGCGUGGUUAUCGAUAAACCAUGGGAGUUUGUAGUCAACUAUCCAGUUGAUUUUGAGAAUGCUACUGCCGUCUUCAACUCUGUUCAAGGUGCCUUGAAGCAAAAAUCUGACAACAUGCACCCAGUAGGUGUUUCGUUCAUCCCUGCUUACAUUCCACCAAACACCUUGAUGUAUCACGCCACCGGUGACAAAAAUAUCCCAGAACUGUUUGAGUGGAUUGCAAUGGAUAACGAGUUCAGCUAUGACUUUGCUCAUGUCUUUGGAAACCACAAGGGAGGACAUGGAGGUCCCGGUGGUCCAGGUGGUCCCGGUGGCCAUGGUCCUGGUGGUCCUGGAGAUCAUGGAGGUCCUCCAGCUAAGCGUGACGAUGAGGAUGCUAAGGACGAUGUCUCCGUAAAUGAACAAAACAGGCGUUCCUAUAUGUACGCUUUCAAGAAUACCAAGCCAUUUAACAAGGUUAUCCUCUUGGAUGGUGCAUCAGCAGCCAAGACCACUACCGGAGAAAUGGACCAACAAUUGAUCCUCAGUAGAAUGGACGAUCCCACGAAGAGAGUGGAUGAAAGAGAAGCCGCUAAGGUAAUUUGCAAAUGGGGUGAAUCAUUUGGCUUACAGGGAUUCAUAAGAUUAGAAAUUGGAUACGAGAUGGUCUUAUGUGAUUUUAUUAAAGAUGUUGACUUUGUUUCGAAUGUUACCCUAGGGGAUCAGUACGACUUCAUGGGAUUCCCUGCCCCUAAAGUAGAUGAAGACAGUGUAGAAAAGAGAGAUCAAACUGAAGUUGAAGGUACCGCAGCUGAAAAGGAAUUAGCAAAUGCCAGAACUAGCAUCUUGGAAGUUGCCAGUGCAAUGGCAGGGAUCGAACAUGUUCAAGCUGGGCACAGGGUCGACCAGGGAGAGUCUAGAAUUCAAUUAGAUUUCUCCAAAAUGGUCACUCCAUUGAACAAGACUUACAUAGAUCCCAAUCCGUACUACAGAAGAAUCAAUAACAUCUCCGACACAUUGAAGGAUGGUAUUAUUCUGGAAUUGGAGAAUCAUUUUAAGGGAGAAGAAGGUGCUGACCCAGUUGGUAAGACAAAUUGGCAAUUGAUAACAAACCAAGUAGUCGAAAAAUUCACUCCUAUCUUGUUGAGCAUCAAUAACACAUUGCUGGCAUAUGAAUAUCACAAAAAUAGUGAGGAAUUAGGUGACAAUUUGAAAGUGACCGCUGGAAAUCUUACCAAGAGCACUUAUAACUUUGUUAGAAGGUACACUCAAAGUAAGGAAGCCCGUGGCGAGAAGGCUAAUGUAAGAGAAUUGACCUUCCAAGCAAGUGCACUCGACUGGGUUUACCACACCUUCCCAUUGACCACCAGCAGCGAAGCUUUGAUCUACUCGUCCAUAUAUGAAGUUUAUUUGGGUGUGUUCAACAUCAUCUAUGACACCUUAGAAGUGAGUAAAGUCAUUUUGCAAGAUAUUGUGGUAGAUCCUUCGCCUGAAAAUUAUGCCAAGCAUCAGAAAGAAGUUGAAGAGUUGAAAUUGAAAGUAAAUGCUUUAGUUACGAAUCUUCGUUGGGAUGCGUUCUCGAGAUGCUCCAAGGUCUGUGGUUGGGAUGAAGCAUGUUACGUGCCAACCUGGGGACCAGGACCUGUUGGAUGGGGUUCUGGUGGUAGCAAUAGCAAGUGGUUUGAAUUUGAUGGAAGUAGGUAUGUGAUAGGGAACGAGUUGAAGUGUCUUAACUUCAGCGAAUUGAUUAGGCAUUAG